AUGGGGUUUGUUCAGUGCCACUCCGACCAUACUUGCUUCAUCCAUCAUAAUUCAACCAGUCAGUAUAUAGUCUUGUUGGUUUAUGUGGAUGAUAUUAUUCUCACAGGGUGUAAACCUACUUCUACUCCUAUAGAUCCUAAUGUUAAGCUCACAUCAAAGUCUAGUGAGUUCUUAGAGGACCCAGACAUGUAUCAGCAUCUUGUUGGACGUCUAAUUUAUUUGACUAACACUAGACCUGUCUUGACAUUUGCAGUCAAUGUUGUUAGUCAAUUCAUGCAUGCACCUCGUAUAGAACAUCUUGAUGCGGUUCAUCACAUUUUAAGAUAUUUGAAGACCUCUCCUGGCUUGGGAUUAUUCUUUACAGUCGCUCCUCAAUCUAGGCUCUCUUACUUCACUAAUACUGACUAUACAGGAUGUAGAAUUGAUCAGCAUUCUACUUAUGGCUUCUAUCCUUUCUAUGGUGAUCAUCUUAUAUUAUGA